AUGCUGGACCCGUCGGCAAGCCGGCGGCAGCAGCCCAUGGACUCGUCCGCCGUCUACUCCCACUCCCGCACACGCACGACAUCCUCCAGCGUCUUCCCCACCGCCAUCCAGAGCCCGAUGCCGACCCACCUCUCCCAUUUCAGCGCCAGCUCCCAGCAGCACAGCCGCCGUUCCCCCUCGGUCAACACCUUCAGCACCACCUCGAGCGUGCCACCUCCCGCCGCCUACCGCACAUCCCCCACUAACGACCUGCGCCGCUCCUCCUCGUCCCGCUCCGGCGGCAGCCCCCAGCCCACAGGCUACGUCGCCCUCCUCCGCAAGCAAAAGGCCACCGUAUGGUGCGACCGCGCCCAGUACGAGGACCCCCGUCUUGUCGCCCAGCAGCGCGCCGCCAAGAUGCGCGCCACCCUCGAGGUCAUCGGCGGCCAGCAGCGCACCUCUUCCGGCCUCUCCGCCUCCGCCGCCCGCACGAGCACCGGCAUCAGCGCCACCGGA